AGUCAUGUCCUGUUUACAUGAUGAAUAUUCUGUAUCAUAUCCUUCCAAAAUCACAUUGCCCAUUCUUGGAUGGAAACCGUAGAUGCUACUGUAGAUAGCGUCAAAACAGUGGAUGCGCUUCUCAAAGACUGAACCCAGCAACGUUUUGACGCAGCUCAUCUAAUCAUGGCUAUUACAGGCUGUUCUCUCUGCAUUAAGUACACGCUAUUUUUCUUCAAUUUCAUUUUUUGGGUGACUGGCUGGGGGGUGUUUAUUUUAGGUAUAGCUCUGUGGCUCCGCCAUGAUACACAAACCAGCAACCUGCUGAUGCUUAACUUUGAAGGGAACCAAGCUCCAGGAACUUUUUACAUCAGUGUGUAUGUCCUGAUAGCUGUUGGAGCUGUAAUGAUGUGUGUUGGAUUCCUUGGUUGUUAUGGUGCCAUCCAAGAGUCUCAGUGCCUCCUUGGAACAUUUUUCACAUGUUUAGUGGUCUUGUUUGCCUGUGAGGUGGCAGCAGGAAUAUGGGGUUUCAUCAACAGGGACACGAUCUCCACAGAGCUUAUCAACUUUUAUGAUGCAGCCUACAUCAAAGCUGUGGAUCCAGUAGAUACACCCACCCGACAGGCUGCUUCAAAGAUUAUGGUAGCCUUCCAUAACACACUCGAGUGCUGUGGUAAAGAAGAUGAUAAUCCAUUGUUUUUGAAUGUUCAGGCCUCUCUUUGUCCUAAUAAAAAAGAAGAGUCUCAGAGUUGCCAUAUAAAGUUGAGGGACCUAUUCACUGAGAAACUCCAUGUGGUUGGUCUGGCUGCCCUUGCCAUUGCAGUCAUCAUGGUCUUUGAGAUGAUCUUCACUAUGGUCCUUUGCUGUGCAAUUCGUAAUGCUGCCGCAGCAUACUGAGGGAUAUACUGACUAUUAAUUUGAGCAUGCAACUUCAAAAGACUCCAGCCAGUGACAAAAAAGAAUAAAUUCAACUUCACUGUGUCCUAUUUUUCUAUUAUAUUGUAUUUUAGGCAUUGAAAUCUGUGUUUUAGACUUUGUUCAGACAACCAGUCCUAUUAGAUUUUCAUGUACUCUCUCUCUAUAUAUUUGAUUUUUAUGUUUUAUUUAUUUUUCUUAACAACUACACUGUUACAUGAUCUUUUCAGUUUCAGUUGGUAUCACACUGAUGUAGUCAUUCCAAUAAAUAUUAAUAGCAAACCUGCAAAUGUAGUAUAAAAAAAGGAAAACAAAUCUGAUUUAAUUUUUCACUUGUCUAACUCUUACCUUAGAGAGUUCAAUUUUGUGAUAAUGUGAUAGGCAAUAGGCUCAAUAGAAUAAAAUUUGGUUCUUUUCCAGA